AUGAAUAAGAAAUUAUUUGUACUCUUUAUUGCUGCCCUCCUUUUGGCCACUGCUUUUGCUGAAGGAGACGCCAAACCUACUGACGAUAAAACUGCUGUUGAAGUUAAAGAACCUAAAGGUGAUGAAGCAAAAGAACCUAAAGGUGAUGAAGCAAAAGAACCUAAAGCUCCUGAAACUGGUGCAACUGGUGAAAAGACCGAUGAAGAAAAGAAGGCUGACGAUGAUAAGAAGAAGGCUGAAGAUGAUAAGAAGAAGGCUGAAGAUGAUAAGAAGAAGGCUGAAGAUGAAAAGAAGGCUGAAGAUGAUAAGAAGAAGGCUGAAGAUGAUAAGAAGAAGGCUGAAGAUGAAAAGAAGGCUGAAGAUGAUAAGAAGAAGGCUGAAGAUGAUAAGAAGAAGGCUGAAGAUGAAAAGAAGGCUGAAGAUGAUAAGAAGAAGGCUGAAGAUGAAAAGAAGGCUGAAGAUGAUAAGAAGAAGGCUGAAGAUGAAAAGAAGGCUGAAGAUGAUAAGAAGAAGGCUGAAGAUGAAAAGAAGGCUGAAGAUGAGAAGAAGGCUGAAGGAGAAAAGAAGGAAGAAAAUAAAGAAGCAAAGGCUGAAAAUAAGGAUAACACUAAUGAUGCUCCUUCUUCUGGUAAAAUUAUAUAAUUUGCUUUGGCUUUUACUGCUAUCUUAUUAGCUUUCUGAAAAGUAUUAAAGAUUAUUAAAAGCAAAUAAAUUAUUUUGUCGAAUGUUAAUGAAAUAUUUUAAACUUAUUUGUAAAAAUAUAUAUUUUGCUGUAAUUAAUUUUGAAUAAUCUUAGUUAAUAUUUAAUUUAGAAGCUUU